CCGUGGAGAGCAGGGGACCGGCAAAGCUGGGGUUCCGCGGGUCAAGCCUGGGUUCCGCGGGGCAGGGAGGGCACUGGGCUCUUCCGGCACUUCCGCGCGUGCAGACGCUGCUCGGCCGCACUUGGCUCUUGGCUCGUCCCAGGGCGCCGGCUCGCGAUGGCGCUCCCCGCGGCCACCAACUUCGGAAUCGGCUUCCUCGCCCUGUUUGUGAUGUCCCUUGGCACCUGGGGGGCGCGAGGCGGAGGACUCUCCAUGGGUCUCACUGCGCAUCUGCCUCCGCCGCCACCCAUGGCUCCACUUCUGGGAACCAUCUUCGCCCUCGGCCUCCUGUUUCUGCAGACAGCCGGACUUCCAGUGCCUCGUGCCAAUGCUCCCAUUCUUUGCUACAAUUUCUCCAUCACACCAAGGCCCAGUCUAGGACAACCAUGGUGUGACAUUCAAGGAAUAAUCAGUGGGAACACUUUUCUUCGGUAUGGCUGUGGUGGCGAAAAGGUCAAACUCAUUGGUCCCUGGGGGACGAAGCUGAAUGACACAGAGUUCUGGGAGAGACAGACAGAGACUCUGAAAGACCUGCUAGAAGAGCUCAAAAAGAAACUGCUAGACAUGAAAGCAGAGGAUUUCCCUCACAGCGAUUCUAUCUCCCUCCAGGGCAGGAUGGUGUGUAAGCCUGGGGACAACGGACGCACCAGUGCAUCCUGGGAGUUGCACAUCAAUAAACAGAAAACCUACUCCUUUAACUCGGAGAGCAAAAAGUGGACAGUGCCUCAUCCUAAAGACCAACUGGUAAAAACCACAUUGAACAGUGACAGAGAUUUGACCAGCUCCCUCAUGAAGAUCUCAGAUGGAGACUGCAAGAAGUGGCUGGAGCAGAUAUCGGUGCACUGCGAUGAAAUGCUGGGGACAACAGCACUGCCAGGCCCGCAGCACGUCCCAGUCCCCUCCAGGGCCACGGCCAUCAGACCUACCACCUGGGUCCUCCUCGGGAUUCUCAUCUGUUUCAUCAUAAUUGUCAUCUAAGCCAGAUGCCUUAGAGUGAGAGGCGGGUAACGCUACCAAGAAGCCCCCAAGAGUGUGGUCCAGCCCAGAGACUCUGCCUUGUGCUAGGCUACCUUUGGAUCACCUGCUGUUCGUUUUUGGGCCAGAGCAAGAGAUUCCAGAGACAUCAGUCAGAACACAUGGGGCAGCACGUGUCACAUCCCAUGUCCGUUCGUGCAUUUGGUGACUCUCUUAUUUGGUACUUUUUCUUAGUAUUUUAUGUCAUUUUCACUUGAUGCUAAUUUAUAGAAUUCUUUAAUUUUUUUGUAACG